GCCGGGAUAAUUGCAAACAUGGCAAAAAUGCAUAGGCUUACAGUACCAGGAGUCUCUAGGCACUAUAUCAGACAACUCCUUCAUGUGUUGUUCACUCUUGAGAUGAGUGAUGAAUUCGGCACAUAUUUCGAAAGUGUCAUCGCAUAUGUCGCAAAUGCAGAGAGGUUCAUCUUCAUUCACGGUCAUCAUCUCACAUGUGAUGUUGUCAUUCAAUAAAGUUUCCCAGACAAACUCUCCCACAAAAACUUUCUGAGCUACUGGCUGCUGGUCAAGGAUAACUGGCCGUCUAUCUUUCUGAAGUCGUUCCCACCGCAGGGAGCGUGGACAAGAAGGAUUCCAGAGGAAGCUAUCUCUUCCAAGAGGUCACUAGAGAUGUAUUCUAGGUUGCCCAUGGCAUAGAUGACGACUUUAGAACGAUGACCCAUCUGCUUGUGCACCGCUGAUUCUAUGCACCCACGCACACGAACCGGACACGAGUUCAGGUCCCACCACACUCCCGUCCGCCUUUGUAACGCCGCAUCACCUACCACAUUAAUCAAUCACCAUUAAUCUACAAAAAGUAAUUGAAAUCCAAAACUACCCACCUCCUCCUCCUGCCAUCUCGAUUCGAUAACGAAUUUGGGAUCGGUUUAGGGUUUCCUGCAACUUUUUCCCGCGAGAGAGAGAGAGAGAGAGAGAGAGCUAUUUAUCAAAUUCGAUAACGAAUUUGAGAUAACGAAUUUGUCGUUUACCUGCCAAAACGUGUUUUUCUGCCAAAACCGAAAAACACGAAAAUCUCGUUUUCAUGCCAAAACCACAAAAACGCGUUUUUCCACAAAACCCACAAAACGUGAUUUUUCGCCAAAAUCAAAAAUUGUAUUUUCAUGCCAAAACGUAAAAAUCUCGUUUUACCGGGAAAAACCGUAAAAACACGGUUUCUCGUCAAAACCGUAAAAAUGCAUUUUUCCGCCAAAACCGCAAAAACGCAUUUUACCGGCAAAAACCGUAAAAACACGGUUUCUCGUCAAAACCGCAAAAACGUAUUUUACCGGCAAAAACCAUAAAAACACGGUUUCUCGCCAAAACCGAAAAAACGCAUUUUCCCGUCAAAACCGCAAAAACGCGGUUUUUCGACAAAACUGUAAACUUACGUUUUCCCGCCAAAACUGUAAACUUACGUUUUCAUGGGCUAUGUAUAAACUUAUGGCCUAUUUAUAUAAGUUACUAGUUUUUUAUAAAAGGAAUUAUUAGUUUUCCUUGUAUUUUUACAAAAACUUGAUUGGACAAAAAAUUGGAUCUUCUAUAAUUAAAAACCAAAAAAGUAUGGGCAAUUCACUCAAAUAUCCAGUUUUAAGUUUUUUAAAAAUAAAUUGAUCAAUAUAGUCCUAUUUUAUUUUGAAAAUUUUAAUAUUUAUCUUUUACUUUUUAGGGUUUAGGUUUUGUGAUUUUUUUAAAAUAAAAAAUGAUAUUUUGAUCUUUUUAAAAAAAAAUUAUUAUUGUGACAAAAACUUUUUUUUUAAAAGUUAUUUGAAAAAUUGCUCUAAUAUAAUAUAAACACUAAUAACCGAAAUUAAUCUAAUUAUAGCACUAAGAUAAAGCGACUCCGAGGUAAAAUCACAAAAAACGUUGAGAAAGGUUUCACAAAGUUGAUGAUGAUAAUAUAGUAUGUUUGUUUUCUAAACUCCUUUAGGCUGUGGCCAUUUUUUCUAUAAGAUGGUAUAUAUAUAGCGAAGAAAAUGUAAGAGUUUUUCACUCUAGGAAAGAAAAGAGAAAAAUCGGUUUUCUAUGGGUGAGAGUCACACCAGCACAAGGUUCAAUGUUAUAGAUCGGGUCGCUUUAGUUCAACAUGUAUGUAAUAUAAAUGCACUCUUUUGUCACAGGAGUGACUUAACAAGUCUGGUUUUAUUUUGAUGCUCAUUACAAGAAGUAUGAAUAUGUUACGAACAAAGCUACAUUGUUUUUCGAGAGAGUUACAUAAAGGGUUACUUUGUUGUGGGUCUUUAACAUGUUUAGAUAUUUUUCAAUGGAGAUGUACUUUGGGUCUUACUUUAUGAAUUUCUAUUCUCUAAAUGCCCUUGUCCCAAAAGAGAUGCAAGUUCUGGUCAAGUUAAAAGCAGAAAAAGUAAACACUAGUUAGAUCAUUCUGUUGCAAUAAAUAGGUAGGUUUAUUGAACAGUGAGAUAUGUUAAGAACCGUUAAUUAAGAAAUUAGUAUGGCUUAUAUGAGUAACACCAAGUACAAUGCUACAAAAAAAUGAAUUGAAAACAAUACAUGUUCAGUUUAUUAGAAGUACUGUCAACAUUUAGUUAGUUAGUUAUACUAUGAUAUAUAUUUCUUUUUAUUAUUAAAGUUAUUAAGGUUGGUUAAAAAUAUGAUGGAGACAAGUACAGUUUUUUUUUUUUGGAGUCGAUAGACACUUUAUAUUAACUGAGAUACGUUUUGUAGUAUCUGGCGUCCUGGUGAUUUUAUGUUGAGAUUUGUGUUUCAUUUUUGAAACUCUUUUGAACCAAAGUUUCCUUUUCUCUUUGGUAAAGUACCGAAGAUAAUCAUAAUAGUUUUACUUUCUUUUUCUCAUUUCUUAUAAUUCCCUUAUGUGAGUUGACAUUGGUGAGUUAUUCUUUACAAAGUUACAACUACAUACAUGACACUUAUAUGAAUCAAUCUAAACUUGUUCUUUCCUUUUUUAUAUCAAUUAUAACAUCAUCUAGACAAAAUACACCAAAACACAUUGUCAUGGUUGUAGACAUUACAGUCCCCACUUCAAAAGGCCUAGGAAUAAAACUCGGUUGUAUUUUUCCAACAAUAAAAGUGUAGUUCACAUGAGAGAGGGGGAGGAAAAGAGAUCCAACGCUCACGAUUCUUUCAGGGGGGAGGGGAGGUUGAGGGUAUUACUACACAUUUAUUGCAACCAGCAAUUAUCUCGCUGUUAACGCGCAUCUCAUUGCGUUUUUUAAUGAAUUUAUUUAUUUCCCCCAAAAAGUAGCAAAUUAACCAAGUCUUUUUGCAUGCUUCUUAAAUUUGAGUGUUGACUUUCCAUUCUGGAUAAUAUCAUCAUUCGUUGUUUGUUUUUUUUUUUGAACAUCAUUCGUUGUUUGUUGGGGUGAGAAACUCAAUAAGCUUACCUAAAUUUAAUGUUUUCCUACGUGAACCAUUUUUAAUUAUUCCGGGAUAAAUAAAAUAAAUAUAUCGCAUGAUAUUUACGUAGUGGAAUAUGCACAUAGAUCCGUGCUCUUUAUAAACAAACCAAAAAGUCUCCCUCUCGCUAACUAAAAGUCUCCACUGCUCAUUCCUCUCUCUCUAGAUCUAUAGAUAACAAAAGAGAUAUAUACAUCGAGUGAGAGAGUGUGAUGAAGAUAAGGUAUUGGCGGAAGUCAAGACGAGGAUACGAAAGGCUAGAUGGCUCGGCUAAGAAGUCGAACUCGGAUCCGACCCGGAAGAGACGGUUUUGGAGGAGGAUCAAGAUAGUGCGGAAGCUGAGGGUCUUGAGAAAGACGUCCCCUAAGAAGCUUUUAACGCGGCUUCGAGAUUCUUACGUCAAUAUGAUGCUGCGCCUCGCCAAUUCUCCGGCAAUAGCGUCGAGGUCGAGGGAGUAUGAGGAGAAGAAGCUGGUGGAGAUUUACAAAUCCAUGUUGAUGGCGCAGGGGACUCUGGUUCACCGCAAUGUACCUAAACCUUCCUCUGAUUCUAUUGCAUGUACUCUCACCGCUUAGCGAAUUACAUAUGUAUGUGGAUCAUCGAUUUUAAGAGUUGUGACUGUAAUCUGUGUUAAACUUACAUUUUCUGAAACUAUAAAAUAAUAAAUUAAUCAGAUAUAUAGUUUAUCCACUCAUA